GUUCAAAACGUACGAGCACAUAAUACGUAGUGUAUAGUAGUCAGUCAUGAAUGAAACCCGCGAAGUGUAUGCUUACAUGAGUUGGCUCAAACAUGCCGGGAAAUUGUGGUACAUUGUUAACCCUUAUGAUACUACAUUUCAGUUUGUAGAAGAUGUUCCAGAUUAUCAUAAGCAGAUUUGGUUAUCAUUCUUUGUACUUAUUGCAAUGGAAAGUAUUAUUUUGUAUACGAAUAAGGAAAAACGUUUUCGUCUAAAUGACCAUGUAACAUCUUUAUCACAUUGGAUUCUUCAAGAGACUGGACGAGUUUUCUUUCGUGGAAUCGAAUAUUACAGUUAUAUUUUGAUUUAUGAGAAGUAUCGGAUAUGGAGCCUGGCUUGGGAUUCACCGUGGACAUGGUACAUAACAGCAAUAGCAGUGGACUUUUGUUAUUACUGGGUGCAUCGGGCAAACCAUGAGGUACACAUAUUAUGGGCUCAACAUCAAGUUCAUCACAGCAGUGAGGAAUUUAAUCUUGCGGUGGGAUUGAGGCAGUCUGUUUUGCAACAGUGGUGCAGCUUUAUGUUUUAUUUGCCUCUUGCUUUCUUUAUACCGCCAUCUCAUUUUAUAACACACCAUCAACUCAAUUUGAUUUAUCAACUUUGGAUUCAUACAACUGUAAUUAAAGAUUUAGGUCCGUUUGAAUUUGUUUUUAAUACACCCAAACAUCAUCGAGUUCAUCACGGUUGCAAUUUAUACUGCCUUGAUAAAAAUUAUGGAGGAAUGUUGAUAAUAUGGGAUCGAAUUUUUGGUACAUUUAUGGAAGAACUACCUAAACCUGAUAUUAUUUAUGGAUUGGUUGUCAGUCCACAAUCUUUUAAUCCAAUUUAUUUACAGACAUUUUACACUAAAGCCAUGUUAAUUAGAAGUAUAAAAAUGAAAUCACUUCAAGAUAAACUUGCAGUUAUGUGGAAAGGACCAAGUUGGUUACCAGGACUUCCUCGACUUGGUCUCGAUAAAUUUAAAGUUAAUGUGAAGUCUAGAAUAAAUUAUAACACUUGCAUACCAAAGUGGCAAAAAUUGUAUAUAAUAAUACAUUUUUCACUUGUUUUGAAUUUUCAUACACAAAUUUAUGAUGAAUCAACAAAUGUUGAUAUAUUGCAAUCGACAAAUUUGAUCAUAAAUAAUUUAUGGAGCGUAACAUCAAUUGGUUUAUUAUUUGAUAAAUAUAAAUAUGGCUCUAUUGUGGAACUUACUCGUUGCAUUGUUUAUUUAAUUUAUUUUAGAAAUAUUUCAAUUUUUUUUUCUAAUCUAUUUUUUUUCUACAUAUUUUUUGGAUCUUGUUGUAUUUGGAUUCUAUAUAUUAUUCGAAAUUAUAAACUUAUUUUCAAAAAUUGAAAAAAAUUAAUGUUU